AUGACGAAACUGACAAACAAGAGACUAACAAGGACACAACAGAGUCUCGCGGCGCGGCUUCGGCGUAAAACCGAGAGCAAAAACUCAGAUGGAGACAGCGAGAGUCCGGAGCUCUCGUCUCCCAGAAGAAUCACGUACCCUUUAGACAGCGGGGGUGCCCCGAACAGUCCUAUCUUGGUAGGAUUCACAGAAUACGGAUGGGCCACAAACUUGGCCCCUGACACCUCUGAGACGUCUCCCAGGGCUGCGGGGAGGUCCUUCCAUGUGGCACUCUUCUUCCUGGUGCUGGUCGUGCUCCUGAUGGCGGGCUUCCUGCAUGUGGACGUUGAAAUGUUUACACCUCUGCUCAGGAUCAAGGCCCAGGACUCCUCCAGGGACUCUACGCCGGUCACCAACAUCAUGUUCCUCAAGACGCAUAAGACAGCCAGCAGUACCAUGCUCAACAUUCUCUACCGUUUUUCGGAAUCUCACAACCUGUCCGUGGCGCUGCCCAAGGGCUCUAUGUUCCACCUGGGUUACCCCUGGCUUUUCGUGGCACGCUACGUGGAGGGCAUGGAGCAGAAUGGCCCACAGGAUCAUCACUUCAACGUCAUGUGCAACCACUUGCGGUUCAACUUUCCUGAGGUGCAGAAAGUCAUGCCCAAUGACACUUUCUACUUGUCCAUCCUACGAAACCCAGUUUCCCAGCUGGAGUCUUCCUUCAUCUACUAUAAGAGAUAUUCGCCUGCCUUCCAGAAAGUCAAGACCUUGGACCAAUUCCUGGCAGAUCCGUGGAAGUACUACAAUGUCAGCGUGGGCCUGAAAAAUGCCUACGCAAGAAACAACAUGUGGUUUGACUUUGGCUUCGACAACAAUGCUCAGGCUGAAGAGGGCUACGUUCGCAGGUGCCUCUCGGAGGUGGAGCGCCAGUUCCAGCUGGUGCUCAUUGCGGACUACUUUGAUGAGUCCAUGGUGUUGCUGCGCAGGCGGCUGCGCUGGCAGCUGGAUGACGUGGUGUCCUUCAAGCUGAACCUCCGCAGUCAGCGUACGAUCUCGCACUUGAAUCCAGAGAGCCAGGAGCGUGCCAAGCGCUGGUGCGACCUGGACUGGCAGCUCUACCAGCACUUCAACCGCACGUUUUGGGCUCAGCUGCAAGCGGAGGUAAGCCCCCGCCAGCUCAGGGAAGAGCUGGCGCAGCUGCGGGCGAGGCGUCAGGAGCUCACCACCCUGUGCCUUCAGGACCCCGAGCCCAAGAACACGACGCAGAUAAAAGAUCAGAAUAUGCUCCCCUAUCAGUCCGGAGAUGCUGAAAUUCUGGGCUACAAUCUUAGGCAGGGUCUGGACAAUGCUACACUGCACAUCUGUCAGAGGAUGGCGAUGCCAGAGCUCCAAUACAUGGCCCACUUGUAUGCGCUGCAGUUUCCCGACAAGCCUCCCAAGGACAUACCUUUGCCGAAAAAGUAG